AUGGAGUCUAAUCAUAAAAACAUUUAUGAUUUCUGCGCAGAGACGCUGGACGGACGCACUGUCUCUCUGUCAGAGUUCAGAGGAAAAGUGAUGCUGAUCGUGAACGUGGCGACUUUCUGAGGAUCCACCAUCGAGGAGUAUCCUCGUCUGAAUGCACUGAUGGAGACGUUCGGUCACCUCAACUUCACCGUCCUGGGAUUCUGCUGCAACCAGUUUGGACUCCAGUCUCCAGAGGUGAACCACGAGACCCUGAACGUCCUGAAGUAUGUCCGACCUGGAGGAGGGUUUGUGCCAAAGUUUCCCAUUUUUGGACGAAUCGACGUCAAUGGUUUAAAUGAAGAACCUCUCUUUACUUACCUCAAGGAGUCCCUUCCCUUCGUGAACCCUGUAAUUGGCGACAUAAAGAAGUUUUACUGGUCUCCGCUCAAAGUCAAUGACAUUCGCUGGAACUUUGAGAAGUUUGUGGUGGGAGCAGACGGCGCUCCCUACAGGAGGUACGACCUCCACUGCCCGAUAGAGACCGUGGAGAGGGACAUCGCAGAACUGUUGGCUUAG